AUGUUGUUUUCCAAGGAAAGCGAGAAAAGAAAGCGCAGCGCGGAGGUGGAGAAAGCGUCAGCCGACCCGAGCUCGUGUGUCGUACAAGAGCCUCCUGCGGCAGCAAAGAAAGCCAGAAAGAAGGAGCUUUCAAAGGCAGAGAAGAACUUGGCCAACAGAGAGAGCGCUUUGGAGCGGGCGGAUGAAGAGGAGGAGCAAAAGCUGGUUCAAAACAAAGUGAGACCAAAGAAAGGGGCCCCUCGUGCCGUCACCAAAGGUGUCGUUAGUUCAGCUGCAGGCACUGCUGUCAAGGAGCAGGAGGAAAAAGUGGCUGAAGCAAGAGUGAACAGAAGAACCGUGUUUGUUGGAAACCUGCCCGUCGGCUGCAAAGCGCAGACGCUGAAAUCUCUUUUUAAAGAGUACGGACAAAUAAAAUCCAUUCGAUUCCGGUCUCUGAUUCCAGCAGAAGACACUUCAUCCAAAAAGUUGGCAGCAAUAAAGCAUAAGUUGCACCCUAAUGCGAAGUUCAUUAAUGCCUAUGUUGUAUUUAAGGAAGAAUGUGAUGCCAUUAAGGCUCUCAACGAAAAUGGAACAGAAAUUGCUAGUGGAUUUCACAUCAGGGUUGAUAUUGCAGCAAGAAACAGUUCGCAUGACAAUAAACGAUCUGUAUUCUUGGGAAAUCUCUCCUAUGAUAUCAGUGACGAUGCUGUGCGAGAACACUUCUCUGUCUGCGGGGCCGUAGUAGCAGUGCGAGUUGUGAGAGACAGGCAGACUGGCUUGGGUAAAGGCUUCGGCUACGUUCUCUUCGAGAAUACGGAUGGUGUACAUCUUGCUCUGAAACUCAACGGGAGCGUUCUGCUGGGAAGAAAGAUACGGGUGAAGCGCUGUGGGGAGAAGUGGAAAGCACCGCAGAAAAGUCCAGCUAAGUCUCGUGCUCCUAAGGACAGAGUCAAUAGCACGUUAAAAACCAAAACAUGCUCGAAUGAUUCGUUUGUCGGUGAAAAAGCAGUCCUGUCGAAGAAGGGCACGAAGCCAAAAAGACUAAAAAGUGUUCCUAGAAAGAAAUCUGGGAAAAACAAACAGUCUUCUGAUAAAAAUCAGAU